AUGGCUAUUGAUCUCGAAAUAUGGUGGCUUCGUUGUUUGUCAUUUAUUAUCGUUAUACCAUUUCUUGGACCACAUCUUGUAGCUAUUUGGAAAAUGCUUAAAGAUCUUUUAUUUUUUAUGGUUAUCAUUGCAAUUGUUAUGAUUGGUUAUGGUGUUGCAUCUCGUUCUAUGGUUUAUUAUCCAACAGUGAACAAUUUUACAACAGAAGCAGGUGGUUCUAUAGAUAAUAGUUUUGAUGGUAGAAGUGUUUUUCGUCAGAUUAUAUAUCCUGUUUACUAUUUCUUAUAUGGAGACUUUAGUGAUGAGUUAGCGAAUCUUGAUAGUAAUCCGGAUGCUGGAUGGUCAAUUGCAGAUCAUGUACUACUUGCUGUUCAUAUGUUGUUUGUGAAUAUUUUAUUAUUUAAUUUACUUAUAGCCAUGUUUACUAAACGAUAUGAGAAAGUUCACCAAGAAACACGAACUAUUUGGCAUUCACAACAAUAUUUAUUUACGCGUGAAUAUUUCACACGUUCACCAUUUUUACCACCAAUAAGUCUUAUUUAUGAUAUUUAUUGUUUGAUUCGUAUGUUCGUCUUCUUCAUAAGACGAAAUUAUUUUGAAACACCAGUAUAUCAACAUACUCGAGUGUUCAAAAUUAUUCCCAAAAAGAGAGAUACUAUAAAAGAAUGGCAUAACUUUGAAGAUGCAUACACAUAUGAAUAUGCUCAUGAUGAAGUAAAAGCAUUGAAAACUGCAUCUAUGAAAUCAAAAUCUGGAUCAGAUUCAGAUAAUAAAGACGAUACGACUACAGAUGAUAAUGAUUUAAAUAAUACUACCAAUGGUCUUAAACAAGUGCAAAGGAGUUUAACCAGAUUGGAAAGGAUUGUUGAAGAAUUGAACGUACAAUUGGAAGGUGCAAUUGAGAAAAAGCAAAAUCCGACUACUCCAUGA